CCUGUGACUACUUUAUGCUGACGCUUGAUUGAUUUUGGAAAUAAAAGUUUUCUUGGGAGGGAAGUAUAUUUAUUAUACCGUUAUAUACAUGUGUAUAUUAUGAAUAUCUAUGUUAAUUUAUUAGAAAGAAAGCAGUUAGAAGAUGCCAGCUGAAAAUAUACAAUAUUCGGAAAAAUAUUGUGAUGAACGUUACGAGUACAGACAUGUUAUUCUACCUCCAGAUUUAGCAAAACUAGUACCACGACUGCAUUUGAUGACUGAAACUGAAUGGCGAAACUUAGGUGUACAGCAAAGUCCAAAUUGGGUACACUAUAUGCUACAUGGACCCGAACCUCAUGUGCUAUUGUUUAGACGACCAUUAUAUCAUACACUCGAACCAGUGUCUUAUAACUGAUAUAAAACACCCUAUAUCAUAAUAUGUGGAAGUUUGUUUCAAGAAAAUGAAGUGAAUUUGCUCAUGUAGUCAAAAGUACCAAGUUCUUUUUUUUUGCAGGAAUUUAAUUUGUUAUUUAUCUAUGGAAUUAAGUAAGUUCUUUAAUUUUUUUUAUUUAAAAAAUUGCUUUUAAUUAAGUUUUUGCUGAUGUAUAGGAUUUUC